UCGGCAGGGGACGGGCUCUGGGUCGGCGUCGCGCAGUCCCGGGUGUCGUGGCCGGGUCGCUCUUCAUGCCUCACUGCGGCGUCGCGUCGAGUCCCCGAGAGCUCGGCGGGGUGUGGGGAGACAUACAAGAAUUCAAUUCUGAGUAAGUCUACAAGUAGGAUGGACAGUUACUUUAAAGCAGCUGUCAGUGACUUGGACAAACUUCUUGAUGAUUUUGAGCAGAACCCAGAUAAGCAAGAUUAUCUCCAAGAUGCACAGGAUGUAUAUGCUUCUAACCACUGUUCAGUUUCUUCAGAGUCGGCCUCUCCACAGCUAGCUUUACUACUGCCAAAGGACCAAAGAUGCAUUGGUCGUUGUGCCUCAUCAGAAAGGUGCUGUGAAACAAAUGAGACAUUCCUCAACGAGAAAACACAUGAGGGGUUAACUUGCAGACAGAACGAAAAAAAUGUAACAGGACUUGACCUUCUUUCUUCUGUGGAUGCUAGUACUUCAGAUGAAGUCCAGCCUUCAUGUCUGAGGAGAUGUAGUAAACCUGUCUGUGACCUGAUAAGUGACAUGGGUAACUUAGAACAUGCCACCAAUAGUGAAGACGACAUUGAACAGUUAUUGCCGGAUGACACUAAGGCUAGUGUCGAUGCUUUGAUCACACUGGACUCGUCUUCGGUCUCAGAUACUCUCCUUGUUCCUUCAGCACACCAUGGUAGUGAUGCCGUUGGAGGAGAAGAGAAUGACAUCAGUGCUGGCCUACAGAGCAGAGAUAGUGGGAUUAAAGAAUUGGGUGUAGAAGUAGACACAGCACUUUCUGAUUCUUGUAAAUAUAGUGGAACAGAAAAUUUAAAGGAUGAAAAGAUUUCUAAUGAGUUAGAAACAAUUGAUUUUGACAUGUCGUCUGCUUUGACUGAACAAAGUUCUGAAGCGUCUAACACCAAAGAUAACCCACAGUACAAGGGGCUUCCUUGUGAGCUUUUAAAAGGUGAUGGCUGCUUGGCAGAAGAGAGAGUAGAUGUGGCAGUCACAAAUCCAGAGUGUUUCAAAGAAGGAGGUAACACAAUUGCUAUGCCUUGUAGUUGUCCAAAGAAUGAAGGGAUAUGCCCAAGUGACACUGAUUCAAAAGAUGAAAAUUUCAACUUACCUGACCCUUCCUUUCAGGAAAAUAGAACUGCUGUGUUCAUGAAACAGUCUGUAAAAGAAGACUCAAGAAAUUUAGACCUUAAAGAUAAUAAUGAUACAGCCCAGGUGUCCUCUUCAUCUUUACAUGCUUCCAGGGAAGCUGCACCCUCUCCACUGUCCUGUCUUUCAUCGUCUGGGUUUUUGUGUGGACCGUUAACUGACAAUAACGUGCAUGGUGAUUUUUUACCUCUCGAUGAGUCUGAGGAUCAGGAAGGUGAUGUCAUGACUACACAUGAAGAAAUACAGAAGAGCGCUGUUUUAGAUGGGGAACUCUUGAGGGAGACAGAGCUCUUGAAAAAGGAAAAGUGUAAGAACAUAUUUCUUCAGCCAGUAAAUGAAAAGAAAGCGGAUGGAAAGGUUGAACCUGAGCAGAUGGUAAUCAGUGGUGAAUCCUUGGAGUACCCUGAGGAUACCAGCUCUAAUGUAGCUGCAGAGUCUCAAAUGGCACUCUGUGCUUCGAAUGCCCCAGAGUCUCCUGACGGAUGGGAAGGUCUGACUUUUGCCAGCAGUGAUAUGGAUGGGCAGGAGUUAGAUUACUUUAAUAUUGAUGAAAGCAUGAGAACUGGCACGCUAAUUAGUGAUGCUGAACUUGAUGCUUUCCUGAAGGAACAGUGUCUUCAGAACACAAGGUCUUCUGAAGACAAUGUAAAUGAUUUGCACUCUCAGAUGAACCAGGUGGAUAAGAAAGGAUUAAAUGAUGAAAAUGCUGGUGAUACAUAUUUUAAUGCUGAAGCAGGAGUUGCCUGUGAAAAUGGAGGUGAUGUGAUUUGGGAAGCAAUUGCGAAAGAAAACACAGUAGAAAAUGGUGUUCGUUCUGUAGGAGAAAGCACAGUUCCACCUGAAAGAGGGUUACCUACCAGUCAGUCUGACAUGGCGAAGGAAUUGCCGGGCCCCAGUAUUAACACCCAGGCUGUGGGAGGGGCCAGACCUAAGCAGCCGCUUAGCCUUCCGCCAGGAACAAGGAGUUCAAAGGAGCUGAAUAGGCCAGAUGUUCCAGAUGUGCCAGAAAAUGAGGCAAGCGCAGCAAAUGCUAUUACUACAUCCACUUGCUCUGCCGACCAGAUACCUGAUGCUCAGGUUAGCUUCAAUUCCAAUUACAUUGACAUAGAAAGUAAUUUUGAAGGUGGAUCCAGUUUCGUAACUGCAAAGGAGUCUCUGCCUGAAAACAUUUGCAAAGAAGGCUUGGUUUUGGGCCAGAAACAACCGACUUGGGUUCCUGAUUCAGAAGCUCCAAACUGUAUGAACUGCCAAGUCAAAUUCACUUUUACAAAACGGCGACACCACUGCCGAGCAUGUGGGAAAGUAUUUUGUGGUGUCUGUUGUAAUAGGAAAUGUAAGCUUCAGUAUCUAGAAAAGGAAGCAAGAGUGUGUAUAAUCUGCUAUGAGACUAUUAAUAAAGCUCAGGCAUUUGAAAGGAUGAUGAGUCCAGGUGGUUCUUGUCUUAAGUCUAAUCAGUCUAAUGAUUGUGCCACCACCCAGCCACUUCAGGAGACCCACACAUCCAGUAUUCCUUCUCCUACAACUUUGCCCAUCUCAGCACUGAAACAACCAAAUGUUGAAGGAGCGUGCUCCAAAGAACAGAGGAGAGUGUGGUUUGCAGAUGGCAUACUGCCUAAUGGUGAGGUUGCCGAUACAGCGAAACUGUCAUCUGGAAAUAAAAAGUGUCCCGAUGACUUUAGUCCCGUCUGUCCUGAUGUACCCACAAUUAUAAAUAGAGUGGAUCAUACCCAUUCUACUAGAGUGGAAAAACCAAACAAUGAGAUAGGAGAUAUUCUAAGAACUGAGGUAACUCAGAGUCCUGUUUCUCAUGUUGCACCUGUGGAAAAACUGCCUCUGAGCACAGGCACUGAAGGCUUGCCCAUGCUCGGCCCUUGCACUCUAGAAGAUGAUGUCUUCAUGGACAGCGAGGAGCCGUCUGCUCCUGGUGUUGUGCCCGCUCACCCUGGUUUGCCUGUUGCCAGUGUCUCAGACUACAGGUUACUGUGUGGCAUCGCCACACGUGUCUGCACCAAGAUUAGUCUUCUACCUGAAGACGAGGUUGGUCUGCCUCCCCUUCUGGCUACAUCUGGAGAAGAGGGAUCAGUGCCUGUAAUACACGAACACCCAUCUCAUGAGCAGAUCAUUUUGCUUCUUGAAGGUGAAGGAUUUCCUCCUGCCACAUUUGUUCUAAAUGCUAACCUACUUGUGAAUGUCAAGUUAGUAUUUUAUGCCUCAGAUAAAUACUGGUACUUCUCAACCAAUGGAUUGCAUGGCUUGGGACAGGCAGAAAUUGUUAUCCUGUUGCUAUGUUUGCCAAAUGAGGAUACAGUUCCUAAGGACAUCUUUAGACUGUUCAUCACCAUAUACAAGGAUGCUUUAAAAGGAAAGUACAUAGAAAACUUGGACAAUCUGACCUUUACUGAGAGUUUUCUCAAUAGCAAGGAUCACGGAGGGUUCCUGUUUAUUACACCUACCUUUCAGAAACUUGACGAUCUCCCAGUACCAAGGAGUCCUUUUCUCUGUGGCAUUCUCAUCCAGAAACUCGAGAUUCCUUGGGCAAAGGUUUUUCCUAUGCGCUUAAUGUUGAGAUUGGGAGCAGAAUACAAAGCAUAUCCUGCUCCUCUAACAAGUGUCAGAGGCAGAAAACCUCUUUUUGGAGAAAUAGGACACACUAUUAUGAACUUACUUGUUGAUCUUCGAAAUUACCAGUAUACGUUGCAUAACAUCGAUCAGCUGUUGAUUCAUAUGGAAAUGGGAAAAAGCUGUAUAAAAAUACCUCGGAAAAAGUACAGUGAUGUAAUGAAGGUAAUAAACUCUUCUAAUGAGCAUGUCAUCAGCAUUGGAGCUAGUUUUAGUACAGAAGCAGAUUCUCAUCUGGUAUGUGUACAAAGUGAUGGAGUUUAUCAAACUCAGGCCAAUAGUGCCACUGGCCAGCCAAGAAAAGUGACAGGAGCGAGUUUCGUGGUAUUCAACGGUGCUCUGAAAACAUCUUCAGGAUUUCUUGCAAAGUCCAGCAUAGUUGAAGACGGCUUAAUGGUACAAAUAACUCCAGAGACCAUGGACAGCUUACGGCUGGCUUUACGAGAGCAAAAGGACUUUAAGAUUCCUUGUGGGAAAGUGGAUGCCGUAGACCUGAGAGAGUAUGUGGACAUCUGUUGGGUGGAUUCAGAAGAAAAGAAGAAUAAAGGUGUUAUCAGUUCAGUAGACGGAAUAUCAUUAGAAGGAUUUCCAAGUGAGAAAAUAAAACUGGAAGCAGAUUUUGAAACUGAAGAGAAGACUGUGAGAUGCACAGAGGUGUUCUACUUCCUAAAGGACCAAGACAUGUCUGUCUUAGCAACUAGUUACCAGUUUGCGAAAGAAAUAGCCACGGCUUGUAGUGCCGCGCUGUGCCCUCACCUGAGAACGCUGAAGAGUAACAGAAUGAACAGAAUUGGACUCAGAGUUUCCAUUGACACUGAUAUGGUGGAAUUUCAGGCAGGCUGUGAAGGCCAACUUCUGCCUCAGCGUUACCUAAAUGAUCUCGAUAGUGCCCUGAUACCUGUGAUCCACGGUGGGACCUCCAACUCUACUGUGCCCUUAGAAAUAGAGUUAGCAUUUUUCAUUUUAGAAAACCUUUUUGAGUGAAAGAAUGUGCUGUGUUGUACGUUGUAAACUUAUCUGUUAAAAUGAAUCCCAGCACUAAAACUGAAAUGUUACAAACACUAAAUGUUUGAUUGAAAUAUAUAAUUUUGCUUUUUAGGCAGGAAUGAUUUUUCCAAAUCAUUAGCACAAUAUAUUAAAUAUCUAAAAAUUUAAGGAAUCCACCAUUUUUAUAGCUUUAUGUUUAUUAAAAGAACGAAGAAGAAAAAUAGUUCUUCUAACUUAAAAUUUAUAGUAUUUACUGUGUAACUUAAAUGUUAAGCCAAAGUAUCUGCACUUAGUUAUACCUCUUCAUGCCAAGAUGAUUUUAAUGAAGGAGACACCUGCUUUGUGUGUAUGCUAGUGAGAAUAAUGACUUCCAACUUUUUAAAAUGUAUUUCAGUAGUGAAGGCCAGUUUCAAGAGCGUAGCCGUCUAGUUCUUUGAAUAAAGCUGGUAACUUAUUGGUAUAAUUGGAAUGCAGACCUACCUCCAUGAUUAGAUAAACCAUUUGAUUAAACUUAGAAUUUUGCCUUUAUUUCUUCUCAAAUUAUAUAUAUAUAUAAUUUUUUCCUGAUUAAAAUAAUUGUGGGUGCUUCAGGAUUUUGUGCUUCUCUAUUUAAGUCUGUUGUUUCCAUAGCAACAUAUGGUUUGAAAUGUGUUUUAUAAAUCUUUGCUAAUAUAUAAAUAGGUAAUAUUUUUGUAUCACAGUGCAUCGCUUUCUCCUUCUUUACAAAGUACACCACUGUAUCUGACACUGCAGAUGGCGACAGGCCAGGUGCCCCGUGAAGUAGUCAUUGUGUAGCAAUAACUGAAGCCUGAACCAGGUUUCUGUUAUUCCCGUGGUGAUCCUUAGGAAUUUCGUGAUUGACACGAAUGUAUGAAGUAUAAUUUAACAAACUUGUUACUUUUGCAUAUUUUUAAUUCUUUCUAUGGCAGUUAUUUUUAUAAUGGGAUAUUUAACAUAAAGUUAAAGAUUGUGAUAGAGCUUUCUUGCUUAAUUCAAACAGAAGGAGAAAAGAUAAAAUGUGUCAUUUAACUUAUAUAAAAUGUAAUCUUUGUUUUGAUGCCUUUUUAUUAUGUGGAGUAUAUUUUUUAUAUCAAAAACACUCACUGUAUAUACCAAAAAAAAGAAACCACACUAAAUAGCCCUGUUUUAAGAAGGAUAUUUGUAAAGCCUUGCAACUUAGAGAUCCAGUCACUCACGUCUGUAACUCAGGAGCUAAGGUCUUAGGACCAGAGCUUUCCUCUAAAUCACAGUUGGACCAGCCAAAGACAUAUUUGUGAAUAAUAUCCACAAACAAUGCCAAGUGUUACAGAUAGUAAAUAAAAUGGCAACAUACAACUACAACAUCUAUUGCAAUGAUGUAAUAUAAAGAUAAUAUAAAGAUGACUGCUUGUCAAGCUCAUUUUGUCUUCUGUAUAUAAUGUGCUUUUUUCAGUAUAUUAUAUACUUCCUUUGUGGUGUAACUGCAUAAUUUAUGAGUAUUGAAUUUACCAAACAGUGGAAGGCUCUUCUGUGAUGAAGUAACUUUGAGUUUGUUUUCAAAGUGUCUGCAACCAGUGAAAAUUGGAAUUCUAGCCUUAAUGUUAGAGGCCCAUUUUUCAGCACUCUUUGGAGAUGGAUUUCUCUAAGUGCAUUUGCCACCCGCUUGGUCAUAGUCUUCACAUUGGCACUUAUUUGAAAUUUUAGUAAAGAAAUCAGAUGGCUCCUUAUAGUCAGUCUAAAGCAUCUGUUUAUGGUCUUAAGACUUAAUGCCACUCAGUUUCUCUGCAUUUUGAAAAAUGAAGUGAAAUAAUAUCUUGCUUUACACAUCUAUUGAACAAGCUGUAUGUUCUGCUUAUAAAAAAGUACCAUAUUAGGUUUCAUCGGUUGAAAAGUAAGUCAUUUCUUUUUUGGAACUAGAUGUGUGAAACAGAUAAUUAACAUAUAGGAACAUUUUAAUUGCUGCAGAGGAGAAAUGACUUUUAAGUGGAUGCAGGGAGCAGAAUGGAGGAUGCCCAUGUCUACUCGGGAGGAGCUUGCAGCCUAGGGGACAUUUGGGCUGGAAAUCUGAAGCAUCCAGAAUGCUGUGGAGAGACUGCAUAUUGCACCUUAUAAUUGAAUAAGUCUUACUCAGAUGGUUGUGUAGGUUCCUGGCAGCCCAGGUUUCUGUAUUAUUUCAUAAAAUAACGCACAGAAGUUUUUUAAUAGGAAGAAUAAUUUUGAUAAUGUGAUUCAAGUUUUAAAAGACUGUCUUGAAAUAAAACAGAAACUUCUGACUCAUUCUAGGUUUUAUAUAUUUUGUUGAGUGACUUUGUUUGACAAUGUAUACAAUAUACACAAUUCAGCAAAGAGAAACAUGAAAACUUAGCAGUGUUGAUUUCGCCUCCCACCUGCACAUUUCCCCAUUUUCCACCACGUCCUCUCAACAGGUGGUCAUCUUCUUCUUGUAUACCAUUCCAGGGUACAGAGAUCAUAACAGCAAUGCCUUAUUCUGUUUCUUCAGGUGCACAAUAUAUUGUAGUUACUGUGUUGUACAAGAGAACAUGUGAAUUUAUUUCUCCUACCUGAAAUUUCGUGUCCUGUCCAGCACCUCCCCAGUGUCUCCCUUUCCUCCACCAACUCUGCCCCUCCAGCCCCAGCCCCCAGCAUCUGUCUUUCUGUCUGCGUUCCACAUUCUUAGGUUCCACACAGAAGUGAGAUCAGGCACAUUGCUCUUCCUCUGCCUGCCUGCCUGCCUGCCUUCACCUGACGUCUGUCAGUGUCCUUGCUAGAGAUGACGUAUCUCCUGUGUGAGCCCUGAACUCCGGUAGGGCCUGUGCCACCUUUUCUGUAUCCAGUCAUCUGUUGGUGGACCUCAGGGGUAGCAUGUCUUGCUUUUGUGAAUAACACUUCGGUGAGCACAGGGCACAGCUGCUUGUUUGACAGUGACUUCCUUUCAAACAACCCAGUAGUAGGAUUCGUUUUUCAUUUUACCAGGUCAUCCACACCAUUUUCCAUAGUGACAUUUCUUACAUGAAAUGUAGCACAUUAAGCAUAGAUUUACCACAGCAAUUACUUGGGAUAUGUAGCUUUAUAUUUAGGACCAUAAAAGUUUCAUUGCUUCUGUCAGAACACUUUUUACUUAGUAACUAGUAAAGAGCAUCUUAGUUGCAGAAAAGAACAAAAAUCCAUUAGAAUUCUAGCCUGUGUUCUUAGGAGUGUUCUCACAAUAGUUUUAUUACACACCUGCAUGGUUAUUUUUAUUUGAAUACUUUUUUUUCUGCUGGACACUAUGCCUUACCAUCUAAGUUUAUCUUUUUCCACUUAAUUGAUACAUUAGUCUUUCCACAUUUUUUGUUAAUGUAUAUUAACUGUAAAAACCAAUGAUUGGCUUGUUUUUAAGACAAGGUAUCAAAAGAAGAGAAAAAUACAAAGUCUAGCUGUGUGGCCUAGGCUGGCCUCCAACUCAGAUCUUCCCGCCUCUAUCUCAGUCUCCCACGUGCUGGAAUUACAGGUGUGAAUGGCCAGACCCAGAAAAAUAAUGGAUUUCACUGUGACAUUUUCAUGAAUGCAUGUAAAGUACUUUGGUAAUAUUCAUCUCCAUUACUCUAUCUUACUUUUUGCACUCCAGGAUUUUUGGUAGUUUAAAAUUUUGUUUUUAAUUUUCAAUUUUCUCUUUUGGAUUUAGCUUGGAAUGGUAUGUAAUCUCAUAUGAAUACCUUUGGGGAAGUAUUUUUUUGCAUUUAUAGGAAUACAAUUCAACUUUAUUUCCAUGCUUAUACAGAUAAGUAUAGUUCAAGUGCUCCAAUAAAGGUUCUUUUAAAAAACAA